GUUGGAGGUGCGCCAGGCGCUGGACCGCCCACUCGCGUGGAUGGACGUGCCCGGCGACGGUGACCUCGCGGGCACCUUCGACGCGGCGGUGCCGGCGUGGGUGCCCCUGCGCAGUGCCGCGCUCGCGGCCGCCUUCUCCCGCGACGACGACGAGCCGCGCGAGGUGGUUGUGCCCCGUCGCGCCCCCGCGUGGGAGCCGGCCCGCGGCCGCGAGGACGCCGCGCCGUGGUGGGAGGUCCGCUGCCAGGUGAUGCAGACGUCCUUGCGCCUGAGCCUCGGGGGGAGGCGCGGGGACGGCGGCCGCAGGCGGCCGGGGACGGCCACCCCGUCAGACGUGCGCGCCGCGCUGCCAGCGGGGCGCUGGGUGAGGCUCACCGGGCUGCACGGGAUGUGCAGGGCCGCCUCAACGCUCCGCGUGCUGUACCUGGAGCUGGAGGAGGCGUUCCAGUGGCCGAAGCAAGCUUCCAUGUCCUCGCAGCACGUCCGCUUCACGGCGCUGCCGGGUCCCGAGCACUGCCAGCGGGUGCAGGAUGUGCCCCCAGCCGCGUCGGGCUGGUGCGCGUUCGGGGGCCAGGACCUCUGGCCGCUGGUGAACGAGCUGGUGGAGCUGGCGCGAGAGCACGCGGAGGACGGCGACCUGCUCAGCGCGUCGGGCCUCAACCUGGACGCGCUUCCGAAGGCGAUCCAGCACGAGGUUCGCCGCUCCUCGGGCGGGCUGCUCGAGCUGCGGACCUGCGUGAAGCCCGGGCUGCUCCUGCUGGCGCUGCUCGCCUCCGCGCGGCUCGCGGGCCAGGGGCGGCGGGACCCCAGCGCGCUGGAGAUGUGCUUCGAGUGGCGGCUCGAGGACAGGCGGCGGGUCCCCGUGGCGGCUGCCGCGGCCGACGCGCUCGACCCGCCCUUCACGCUGCUGAGCAAUCACGAAGACCCCGAGCACGAGCAGCCCCCGCGCUUCCAGAGCUUCCCCCUGCGGUCCGAGCAGCUGCGCACGCUGCGCUGGAUGUGCGCCGCGGAGCGGUCGGAGGACGCCUUCGUUUUCGACCGCGAGGCCGUGGACGAGGCCGCGCACCUGCAGGACUGGAGGAUCCGCGGCCGCCUACGGAGCGCGGUGCGGAUGCGCGGCGGCAUCCUGGCGGACAAGGUCGGGUACGGCAAGACCGCGACGACGAUCGGCCUCGUGGAGUGCACCCGGGCGGAGGGCGCCCCGCGCCCGCCGAGCGGCUGGGGCGGGGCGCUGACGCCCAGCAGGGCCACCCUGGUCCUUUGCCCCGUCAACCUCAUCACGCAGUGGGUGCGCGAGGUGCAGAAGUUCGUGGCCGGGGGCCUCAGGGUCAUCCCUCUCCAGACGUACGCCCAGCUGAAGCGCGUCUCCGCUCAGGAGCUGGCCGACGCCGACGUCGUUGUGACCACCUAUAGGCUCUUCUACUCGGCACCCUACCUGGAGCGCUUGCGCCAGGUGGCCUGCCUCCAGUCCGGCGGCGGCCGCGGCGGCCCAGACGGCCCGGUGCCCGCGGCCCUGCGCUGGCCGCCGCGGGAGCAGCUCCGCAUGGGCGGCCCCGACGCGCGCCGGAGGCACUCGCUGCGCACCUUCUCGCGGCAGUACGCCCAGGUCAUGUCCAGGCUCGAGGGCGCCGGCGCCCCCGUCCUGGGCGCGGGCGGAGCGUCGUGGCGUGCGGGGGCAGGCGGGCAGCCCAGCAAGCGGAUGCGCGCGAAGGGCCCCGCGGACGCGGCCUCGCGCCAGCGCGCCCCCAGCGCGCACGGGGCGCCCGAGCGGGUGCCCGACGCCGCCGUUGUGGGCGGCGGGCGGCCCGGCAAGCGGAUGCGCGGGAAGGGCCCCCGCGAGGCGGCCCCGCGCCAGCGCGCCCUCGGCGCCCACGAGGCGCCAGAGCGCGCGCUCGGCGGCGUCAUCGCGGCGAGCGCUGGGCGGGACGCGGCCGCGCGCCCUGCGCGGGCCGCCACGGGCAAGGCGGGGAAGGCUUGCGGCCCGAAGCGCGCGCAGGGCGCGCAGGGCCCGCCACUGCUGAGCUGCUUCCACUGGAAGCGGCUGGUGCUCGACGAGUUCCACGAGCUGCUCACGCGGCACCCGCCGGCCCAGGUCAUCGUCCAGAGCCUUAGCUCGAAGUACCGCUGGGGGCUCUCGGGAACCUUGCCGUGCAAGAAGACGGCGGAUGUGGUCAAGAUGGCCGCCUUCUUCGGCGCGGACCUCGCGGGCAUCAAGCACCGCUCGCAGGCCCCCAGGGCCGUCUGCCAGCAGUGGCUCGACCACUGCGCGCGGCGCAACGUGGCAGGCCUCCAGGAGUUGAAGAGCGAGGAGGAGAUCGUCUUGGUGCGGCAGCACCCUGCUGAGCGGGCCCUGUACCUUCAGCUGGCGCAUGCCGCUUCGGACCUGGACCUGGUUGGCGAGGACGACGCCGCCGCGCUCCUGUCGCUGCGGCGGCGGGGCCAGGAGGGCCUCGUGAAGCUGUGCUCGCACUUCCAGCUCAGCGGGGGCCAGCUGCAGCGCUCGGCGCUCGACGAGUGCGACGCGGUGCUGCAGCGUCGGACGCGCGAGCUGGCCAGCUCGCGGCAGGCCGUGCGGAGGGCGCUCGAGGAGGCGCGGGCGCUGGUCUUGCAGCUGGAGCCCGUCCGCCAGUUGGUCGACGGCCUGGACGAGGCACGCAGGCGGUGGGCGGAGCUCUGGUCGUCCUUCCCGCCACUGCCGCCGGCCGGCCCGGCCGCCGCGGCGGGAGAGGCGGCCGGCCCGGCGCUGGCUGGGGGCCCUGCCGGAGAGACGAGGAGGCACCUCCGCGGCUGCCUCGCCGACGCCGAGGCCAGCGCCUCCGCCGGAGCUGCCGCGGCCGCCGCCGGCGCGCCAGAGCCACUUAGGCAGCUGCUGCGCCGGUCGAAGCCGCCGGAGGCGUGCUGCGCGGACGCCCUCCAGGCGUGGCGCGCGUCCAAGGCGGGGCAGGCCGUCCAGAAGGAGGCCGCGGAGCUGCACAAGAGGGCCCUGCAGGCGGUCGCGGGCGCCCUCCGGGCGAUGAAGACGCUCGAGGCGUGCGCCCGGCUCGUGCACUUCUUCGACGUCACGGUUCGCACGGCCCGCGACGAGGAGCUCAUGAGGUGCCCGAUCUGCUUGGAGGACAUCCCGCUGGCGCUGCGCUGCGUUCUCCCCUGCGCCCACCUCGGCUGCACCUCCUGCGUCGAGGAGGCGGUCCGCCGGGACGCGCGCUGCCCAGUGUGCCGGGCCUCCGCCACGCCCCGGCAGGUUAUGCGCUUGGAGGCGCACUUGGGCGCCGACGGCGGGCCGGCGGGCGAGUGCGGUCGAUAUGGCUCCAAGAUCACGAAGCUCCUUAACUUCCUGGCCUCGCUGCAGGAGCGCGAGCCAUCUGCCAAGGUCAUCCUGUUCGUACAGUGGGAGGACCUCAAGCGAAAGGUGGCUGGUGCGCUCGAGGAGUCCAACAUGGCCUUUGAGCACCUCCGAGGUGGCGUCUUCGCGCGCCAGCGCACGAUCGAGAGGUUCCAGCACGAGGAGGGCGGCAGCCGGGUGCUGCUCCUGUCUCUCGAGGACUCCGCCUCGGGGACGAACCUCACCCGCGCCAACCACGUGAUAUUGUUCCAUCCGGUCGUCUCGGGCACGCGCGAGGCUGCGGUCGCGUGCGAGAUGCAGGCGGUUGGCCGUGCCUUGCGGGCCGGCCAGGAGCGCCCGGUGAAGGUCUGGCGCUUCGUCACCGCGGGCACGGUGGAGCAGCGGCUCACGGAGGAACACCAGCGGGACUUGUGGGAGCGUUGGCAGCGCCGCGUUGGGCGCCCGGCUGACGGCGCCCGCGGCUGA